UGGUCGCAAAAACAGGACAACGAGAGAAUGUGAUUAGGCAUCGUAGGAAAUGUAAUCGACCAUGAUGAUUGAUCUUUGUUAAUAUUUGCAAUAUUUGUUCGAUAUUCGCGAAAGUAUUCGAACUCGUCGCGCAGAAUUUUCAUAGACUGUCGUAGGACAUUCGAUUGACCACGAUGGGCUAAUCAUUGCUAACAUUUUCAAUACGUGCUGAAUAUUCGCAAAAGCACUUGAGCUUAUCGCAGAAAAUGUUUACAGUUAUCUUUCGUGUGAUCAGGUAUCGUAGAAAAUGCAGAGUAUCUCUGUCAAUACGUGUUUGACAUUCCCGAAAGCAUUUACAUAGGUAGGAUAGGAAAAUGUUACUAAACAAAUUUUAUUAAAUUUCUUUGACACUGUUGCGAGACAUGGGAAUCGCUGUUAUGGUGGUAAAGUUCGAUAAAAGUGGGAAAAUGUAUGCAUAUAGAAACAAAGUCUCCUGUAAACCUGUACUUUCCCCAGAUAAAAAAAUGAACGUAGAAUUAAUGUCAAAAACGAACUGGAUAAAUCAUAUCAGGUAUAAUUGAACGUAUAUAUUCAAAUAAUUCAAUGGAUAAUUGGUUGUUCAAAUACUUGCGCACGAUACAACGAGAGAUCUUGCCGUUUCUAUCUGCGUUCUAGAUUUGUUUCAAACUUGACCAACGUUAAUAACGAUGCUCGUUACAGCGUCGACAAAAGUUCAAACCGUGUUUCAUACCAUGCACCAUAUAUUCGCAAAUAGUUUGCACGAUAGAUAGUUUGUUCCUAAAUAGAAAAUACGAGUUCUUGAGUCGCUGCAAGUGCUCGAAGCAUCGCAAAGCAUCGCAAAAAGGGAAAAGAAAAAGAAAAAAAGAACGUUCGCGUGGCAAAAGUUUAACGAUUCGUUUGCAAUCGAAAAUCUGGUUGGGAUAAAAAUCAUUCCGACGAAGGCUACUUUCUACUAAAAAAAUUACUGGUCAGGAAGAAAGCGCGAUACGAGGCAAAACAUCGAUAAGAUACGAUAGCCUACGCAGUUAGAAUGCACUUGCACGCGUACUCGCCAGUACAGCGUGAAGUAACAACGUGAAAUUAUUAUCUCGACCAACGUUACUGAACGUUAAACCCUCGCGAUAUAUACUUGUUCUAUGUUUUACAAGCGCGUCGUCUCCACUUUCGAUCCGAUCAAACGAUACAGAGAGCAAAACUAAUUCGUUACGCCAGCUUCUAAUCCCCUGAACCCAUAACGAGGCUGAAAAAUGUACCUUUGAACCUUAAAACCAGCCGUAAAAUAGCCAAAUAUCCGAAUAUUAUUGCGCGUUGGUAAGGAAAAUUCGAAGGUCAGGGUAAAAAUCGCACGUAGAUGCGUUGGAAGAAGGAAAUCCAAAGGGUGAAAGAGCGCGCGGGAUGCGAUAGAGAAACGAGACACGCGCUGUUCUAGCGUCCGGAGUUGACGAACGUUUCGUGAGUGUUUUGAGGGUAGAAAAUGGAUAGGGGGUGAGCAUGCUGGACAGAAGAACGCGUGGACGAAACACUAGCGACCCGAAGAGCCGAGGGCAGAAACGGAGCGAGGCAAAGAUCGCCAGGCGAGAGACGAACGCUCGUGCAGUUGGCAAAGAAGGAGCGAGAGAGAGAGAGCGAGAAAGCUAGGAAGAAAAAAGCGUGAGUCGAAGCGAGAAGCGACGAAGAGAGCGAACUUGGAGGGGUGUGGGAGAGGGGGUGAAAGCUAUACCGCGAGAGGUCGUCGGGGUUGUUGGCAUGACGUCACGGCGUAAUGGCGCCGCCUUCGGCGUCGAAGGGAGCCGCGCGAUUGGUCGAGAGAAAUGAUGGCAGGCUUGCGUGCCAAUCGAUUGCCGUUGGUAGGCUCGGGUCUGGUCCGACGGUCUGUUGGGUAUGGUUGUUGGUAGCAAGGUAGGUACGGUUGCUUAGAGAAGGGGCAGUGAGCGUCGAAAACAGAGAGAGGGGGGCAGGAAGUGAGCCCCGAGAGUGGGACCCGAAGGCGAACUCCACAAACGUUCAUACACUCGGCUCGUUUCGUAGAGAGCGGAGGUGUUACUAGAAGUCGUUCUUGUUCUUCUGCAUCUCUGCAUUAGUACAUAGAAAUAACAGUAGUAGGAGCUAAUUCGAACGGGUACAACUCGGUGAAUCGUAUAAAGUGUGCAACAGUGAGCACACAGCGGUAUAUACGAGACGUAGAGAAGAGUCAUCGGCGUCGAUGUUAUUAUCUUGGACACAGUGGGAAGAGAAAGUACAGUGACAGUGAAUAAUCGUCGUCCGACGUGUAAACAUUGGUUGUUGGUCGUUGGCGUUGAGAAUCGUACGCGGACUCGUACGCAGCGCCGUGUCGAAUCGGUGCAGUGAUCCAACAGUUUGGAAACGGUGUCGGUGGUUGUGUUGUCGCGCGCAAAUUUCAACAAGUGGUGCGGUAAUCAAAAGGAGAAGUUAAGACGAUCUCGUAAGAAUCGUACGAUUCGGCUUCCAUGUCACAUAAUCGAAGAGAGAUAAGGAGCAAUUCAUUUGGCGCGUAGUAGUAUUUACCAGAUUGGAAUUGCCGUCGUAGUUUGACGGACGACUCGGCGCGACAACGAUCUUCGGUAGUGCGCGACCGCGUCCAUCUCGGCGUUUCGUCGAAUUUCUUGACGUCGAGUAGUACAAAAAAAAGCCAGCAAACUGUACGGGCACCGGGAGGACGAGAUGCUUACGAUGGAGUCUGACCUAAAAGGCGGCAGCCUGCACGGUCAAAUGCCACCUCAUCCACAUCAAGGUGUUUCGCCAAUGGGACACCAUACCGGUGUAUCGCCUUACGGCACCCUCGGCUCGAUAGUUCACAGUCCAGCAUUAUCGGGAAGUCCUCCGAGUACCGGAGGUCUAACGUUGGGUUUACAACAUCAUCAUCAGACGCCCCAGCAUCAUUACGCGUCGAUGCAGGCCGCGCAACAACAACAACAAAAUAUGCAUUCGCUGGCGCAACAAAAUGCUGCGCAACAACAACAACAUCAUCCACACCAGCAGCAGCAGCAACCGCAACAACAACAACAACCAGCUCAGCAUCACCAGCCACAGAAUAACAAUAACAAUACCAAUAAGAACAACAACAUCGACCGCGUGAAAAGGCCGAUGAACGCGUUUAUGGUGUGGUCCCGUGGCCAACGGCGUAAGAUGGCUCAAGAAAAUCCAAAAAUGCACAACUCUGAAAUUUCUAAGCGAUUGGGUGCAGAAUGGAAACUGCUUAGCGAGACUGAAAAACGUCCGUUCAUCGAUGAAGCGAAGAGAUUACGCGCGGUACAUAUGAAAGAACACCCCGACUACAAAUACAGACCGCGACGUAAAACAAAGACUUUGUUGAAGAAAGAUAAAUUCCCUAUUGGAAGCGGAGUAGCUGGCGUUGGAGGUAUGCUAGGCGUAGACCAGCGACAAGUCGGCGCUACCGGUGGACCGCAACAAGCUCAAUUAUCACGUGAUGUAUAUCAAAUGCCGAACGGUUAUAUGCCGAACGGAUAUAUGAUGCACGAUCCGACGACUGCAUAUCAACAGCACGUUGCGUAUGGAGGUCACAUGGGAGGCGCAGCAGCCGCUGCAGCCGCUUCAGCGUACCCCAGGUACGAUAUGGGCCAUCACAUGGGCGGUGGCAGUCCCAGUCCAAUAAAUAGCUACAUGAACGGUUACGGUAGCUAUGGCAGUAGCAGUGUACCAGGAGGUUCCCCAUCGCCGUAUCAUCAAGCGCAGCCCGGUUCUCAAAUAUCUAGCCACAGUCCCAGCGGUAGUAGUAUAAAGUCAGAACCGACUAGUCCAGCGAGCGGUGGAAUUCACACGCCGCCAACGGGAGCAUCGUCGACUGUGGCUGCCGGGCCGCAAGUUGUGAAACGGGAAUACAUGGGCCAACAGAAUCAGCAGGCGCAGGGUGAUUUGAGACAAAUGAUCUCGAUGUAUCUACCCCAGGGUGUCGAGCAAGGAGUCGUCCAGCACGGCGCCGGUGUGUAUUCGCCCGGUCCGUCACCGGAUCCGCUCGGCCAGCAUCAUUCAGGAAUCCCACCGCUCAGUCACAUGAUAGCUUAAAAUGUCAGGCUUGGAUGGAGAGCUGCUCGCCCGGACUCAGAUGCGACAAGAAAAUAUGCUACUAAAUAUUAUGAUUAAACAAGAGAAUAAAGAAAAAAAAGGACUAAUGAGGGGUCGCGCGAACGAGAAAUUAGGGGCCUAGACGAGAUCGCAAGGGGUUUGUCGCAAUUACGGAGGGAAAUUUCACUGACAAAUGCACGAUGGUAAAAAGUAUCCAAUAUUGAGUUAUGCCUAAGAUCGAUUGCUGUACUAUGAGCGACUUAACGCGAUAAUAAUUUGUAAAUGUUUUCUUAGAAAUAUCUAGUAAAAAUUAAAAAAAAAAAAAGAAUAAAAAGAAUAAAAAGAAAUAAAAGAUCUAAUGGAGAAUGGAAUCGUUGGGGUCUGCAUGGCAUCGCGAAAUGUUUCUCGUCAUCUUGGUAGGGAAUUUGCAUCGUAGAUUAAACAGAAAAAACAGCAUCGUAUAUAGUUUGUCACCAUUAUCAGAGAAAAUUUGGCUAACGAAUGAAUGAGAUUAGAGAGCGUGGAAUAAAAGUUAAGUCACACCUGACAUUGGUUCCUGUGGUAUGCGCGACUUAACGCGCAUCCGGUUUAGCAAUAUUUUGUUAAAAAGUUUGGUAAGAAUAAAAAAAAGAAAAAAAAUAAAUAAAAAGUAAAAAAAAAAAAAAGGAAAAAAACAAAGAAGAAUUCAAUUAGUUUAAACGGUUGCGCAACCGAGAAACUACGGGAUAGUGGGAGGGUGGGUGAUAUCCCGUAGUUUCUCGCCAUAUCUCGGUAAGAAAUUUGCAUCGUAGAUUAAACAGAAAAAACAGCAUCGUAUAUAGUUUGUCACCAUUACCGGGAGGAAAUUUGACUAACGAAUGAACGAGGCUAGAAAUAGGUUUAAAUCUUAAAUAGAGUUAGGUAAAUAACGAAACAAAUAAAUAAGAAAUAAUAAGAAAACUAUAAAAAUGUAAAAAAAAAAAAAGAAGGAAUGGAAGGAAACCGGGAAGCAGGGAUGGAUAUGGGUGAAAAUAUUUUUCGCAACCUUGGUAGGAAGUUUGGCCCGGUAGGAAUGGGUGACAGAAAAAUCGGAAGUACAGAAAGAAUGAUGAAUCACAAAAUCAAUGAUAAAAGCAAAACUGGUUUACAGUGACCUGCUAUAUCAAGAUUUUCCGGAUGUUUUGCGCGUAUGAUGUACCGUGGAUUCAAGGGAGACAAUCGGCGUUCGACAGAAAUCAAAUGCACAAAGAAGAAGCAGCAGACAGAAAACGUCGAUUUCUUUUGAAAGGUCGUUGAUUGCAGUUAUACGUUCUUGGCAAGUGGGCAACAACUUUUGUUUAUUCCUCCAAAUUUGCGACAAAUCCGCGCUUUUGCGGUCCCUAUUUUCUUUGAGCCCCGUUUCGUUAGAAGUCGUCCUUUUUUUCUACCAACGUGGCGGCAGGGAGCAGCUCGUUCGUAGGGCGAUCGAACGAAAUAUGCGUUUUCAUUAAGAUAGGGAUUGCAAGAGACACGGACAAAAAAAUAAAGCUACUACAUUCUAUGUAUUAAAAAAUAAACGCGGCCGCGUGUCGACGACUAAAAUAAAGUUGAUCUACGCCCCGUCCCUGAGGUGCUCUUACUUUGCGAUGUAAAAAGAAUUGGAACAGGGAUCAAUCGAGUCGGGCAAAGUCGUCGAUUCGCGUCAAUCUAUACUAGCUUGUAAAUUACUAUUAGGUUGUCCGAAAAGCAACUUUCGUUUCAUAAGGUGACAAUAGAUGAACAACAUGAUUUGACAAUAGAUUUCUGUUAUAUCAUAUUGUUGAAUUAUAAACUAAUAUAAAACGAAAUACGUUAUACACCAUUAUUCCCUUAGAAAACGAAAGAAACAUUUCGGACAACCUAAUCUCUUCUAACGGAGAACGAUAACGUUGAGAAAGAAGGAAAACGCAAGAUGAUCGAACCUCUUACUGUGAUAAAAUAUUAGAAAACAAGAAAAUCGAAAGUUGAAACGUAAAUAACAGCUAUAUAAAAAAUUUGCAGAGUAUAGACAUCGCUAUACGAAAGAGAAUGGGAAAAAUGAUAGAAAUCACAGAACAGGGUAUAUAUAAAGAAGCGAUGAUAGAUGCUAAGGGUCUGUACAUAUAUGUAUACAAAUUUAAUUGGAAUAUAUAUAUAUAAUAUAUAUAAUAUAUAUAUAUAUAAAAUAUAUAUAUAAUAUAUAUAUAUAUUAUAUAUAUAUAUAGAAGCUCGUGUAUAUUUUCCGCGUUAUUUUUUUUCUUAUUAGUAUAAUGACGUCUCGUUCGACGUCAAUAAAAUUCCCAUUCAGUCUAUCGUUUUUAUCGUGGUCGUUCUCCGCGCAUUUUCGAAAUCAUCUUAAUCAUCAUGAAAGAACAGUAAAUGAACGAAUAGACGAAAUACAACAUAAACAAAUGUCAGACAUAUACAGAGGAUAGAGACAGGAAGUAAGAAAGAAAGAAAGAGUGCAGUGGUAUGAAUGACCGCGAAAAAAUUCGUAUAACAAUUACUUGUAUGAGAUAACGUGUUCGAAAUUGAUAUACAGACACGAUUUUACAGAUGUACAUCAAACGUAAUUACACGAAUGUAUUAAAAGAACAAGGAGUAUCGCAAUUUACUUGCCAUCAUCACUAUACCAUUAUAUCGCUAUACUUAAUUUUGUAAACAUAUAGUUCCCGUCGAAAGAAACAACGCUUCAACUGUCGUCCGGGAAACUAUGUGUUCGUAUGGAAAUAUGGGGAUAGUACCUUAAUAUACUUUAGGGACACUAAUCUUGUAGAUUGGUUAUUUCUGGUAAAUUUCCCUUUUCCUUUUUUUGCUAUUAUUGUAUAUUACUCAAUUCUACUUAUUUUCUUUUAUGUACAAUGGAAAAUCACAUGUGUAUAUUUGAUCAUACAGGAUGAAAAGGGGAAAAAGUAAAAUUUCAGUUGUCCGUAGAAAUUAAUCUUGCGACUCUUCGUGACCCGAUACAUUCAUGAUUAUAAAUUACGUUCAUUUUAAUUUUUCGUUUUCUAAAAUUACUUAUGCUUAUUCAAAAUACUAUUAUUAUUGACGAAUGUCAACGACAGGAUUUUAUUAUUAAUCUCUUAUCUUUAAUAUUAUAACAUAUUUUAGUCAUUGAGAAUAAUUUUCGUCGAUCCUUGAACCUACCAAUAAAUCUUUCAAUUUCUUAAAUCCUGUUUAAACAUCUGGUUUUUUACGAUUUUUGAUGAAUAUAAAAUUGCACCAUAUGUAAUAUAUAUUCGCAUAUAUGUGUUUGUACUUCUGUAGACUAUAUCGUUCCGCGAAUCAGCAAAUUGCAUUCGAUAUGCGAUGAAAACUAAUGGAGGACGAUAAAAAAUUAGAAUUAUAAACCUAUUAGAUAAGGCGCUUAUCUUAUCUGAGGAGAUGAGGCCCGAAAUUUUGCAACGUUCCCUUGAAUUAUAAAUUGGAUCAACUGUAACAGGCUCCAUGGUGUAACUGCGUCGUGGUCUGUUGCAGGAGAUUUUCAAAAUUAUCGAUUGAUGAACGAAACUUCGCCGCGGAGACCUUCCACGCAUUUUAACGGGCCAAUUUCUCGAUUUAAUUCUAUUUUACUAUUUUUUAACGAAGCUUCUUCAAUAUUUUGAAUUUCUCAGUUUCGCUUUCUGUGGAAUCCAAUCGAAAGAAAGAGGAGCGGAUGUAUUUAAUUUUUUUGUAUUCUUAUUCUUAUUUCUUUUUUUUUUUUCUUUGAAUUAUCAAAAUAUUAUUUUUGUUUUCUUUUCUCCCAAGUACUAUGGAAAAAUAUUCCCAUCUUCAAAAUAUUACUUUUGAAAUUAUUUGAUAUUAUCACCCUAGAAAAUCUAAUAGUGUUUACAGAAACAAUAUGAUGAGAAAUAUAUAAUCGUCAUCCUCCGUUCGUUUUUGAAACAAUAACUCCACAAUCUCGUGCAUGUGAGAGUCCGAAACGAAGAAAAAAAGAAAGAUAUUUGUACAAAUUAUUUAUCACUAAUAAUCGUACGAAUUUACGAGUUCGCUACGCAUUGUAUUGUAAAUACGUUCACCAUGACAACGAUGGUCAUGGUAAUCUUACUUUAUAUAGAAUAUAUCUACAUCAUGAUUGCAAUUAGA